AUGGGUGAGGAAGAAGAGCAGAGGAUUGUGUGGAAGCUUAAAGUUGGUGUGAGGGUCAGAAGUUUCAGUUUGAAGCUCUUUCUUCUCCACAACCAACGACUCUCUUCUUGGAAGCUUCAUCGAUUGUCAUUCCUCCUCAGAUUCCGAAAGCAUCUCCUCAAAAUCGAUUCUCAUUCCAAACCCGAUCCCAUACACAAGCCCAACUCCAGGUUCAGAUUCAGAUUCGGAUUCCUAAGGAGUCUUGCUUUCCUCCGGAGACGGAAACAGAGACAAGUGGAGCUGCAGGGAGAUUCAAAGAACAAAUCGGUGUGGAACUGGAAUCGAUCCUCAAUUUCAUGCGCUCUUUAUAGUUAUAGAGGAGGCGUGGGUGUGGCGAUUCUCAUCAUCAUCAUCCUCAUUAUCCUCAAUUUUCAUUUGCGGUCUAGUUGA